CACAGACGAGCUGCGCAGAGCAAGCAGGAGCAGAGCAGAGACACGGUUGAAGAAGGCAAGAAGGGAUGUGCGGGAUCAAGCAGGAGGUGAGCGGCGAGUCGCCGUGCAGCUCGCCGGAGCGGCAGCAGACGGUGUGGACGGCGCCGCCGAAGAGGCCCGCGGGGAGGACCAAGUUCCGGGAGACGCGGCACCCGGUGUACCGCGGGGUGCGGCGGAGGGGCAAUGCCGGGAGGUGGGUGUGCGAGGUGCGCGUGCCGGGGCGGCGCGGGUGCAGGCUCUGGCUCGGCACGUUCGACACCGCGGAGGGCGCGGCGCGCGCGCACGACGCCGCCAUGCUCGCCAUCGCCGGCGAUGGCGGCUGCUGCCUCAACUUCGCCGACUCCGCGUGGCGGCUCGCCGUGCCGCGCUCCUACCGCAGCCUCGCCGACGUCCGCCACGCGGUCGCCGAGGCCGUCGAGGACUUCCUCCACCGCGGCCGCCCGGCGGCGCUCCUCUCCGACGACGCCGACGCGAUGUCCGCCACGUCGUCCUCCUCGCCGUCCUCCCCCCACACAGACGACGACGAAUCCGUCGCCACCGACGGCGACGAGUCCUCCCCGGCCACCGACCUGGCGUUCGAGCUGGACGUCCUCAGCGACAUGGGCUGGGACCUGUACUACGCGAGCCUCGCGCAGGGGAUGCUCAUGGAGCCACCUUCUGCCGCCGCCGCCGCGGCGUUCGGCGACAUCGACACCGACGCCAACCUCGCCGACGUCGCGCUCUGGAGCUACUAGAGCUCAACCACAACCAAUUGUACAUCCAUAGCUCCGAAUUUUGCCUCUUUUUUCCUCCUAUUUCCUGGCUUUCGAUGCCAGAUUUUGGUACUGUACGGAUACUACUUUGGUAAUGUGAUGAGGAACAAGUUGCAAAAACAGAGCAUCUUCAAUCAGCCACUGACUUCCCAAAAUAGUACGGCAAAAAAAUAGAUUUUUUUUAGCAUCUGAAGAUUAGUCCUUGUGAGGAAACAGUUUAUUGGA